AUGUCUAUGCGAAAAUUCGUUCGGGUACCGGAUAACUUGGCAUGUCCAAGACUCGAAAUCGAAAGUACCGCUAUGAGAGUGUCCGUGGUAAUUAGCGAAGAAGCGAAACUGGAGGGUACGGAGGUUGCCAUUGUCCGUCGAAAGUGUGAUGAAUGGGAAAGAUUUCGGAAAAUAACAGAAGCCGCCCUGACGAUUAGUGCCGAGCGAGUGAAUCACGAUAGUAAUUCAAACUCAUAUAUCAAUACUAGCAUGAUCCAAGCUGCUAGUAAUUGCUUUCAUAGUAUCCGAAUGCAUCUUCAAACAACCAAGGAGAGUCUGGAGGGGAGCAAAAACAGUCGAAAUAUGUCCCGGCUGCUUCACAUGAACAGAUACGACUAUCCUUGCGUUGAUACUGCGCUUUAA